AUGAUGCAAUCCACUUUUGCCGCCAAGGUGCAUGGGAGUCUGGUGCUGGACGAGCUCUCUGGCGGCACCGACUUGGUUUUUUUCAUCCUCUGCAGCUCCCUCGCUGGUGCGAUCGGGAACUGGAGCCAGUCCGCCUAUUCAGCGGCCAAUUGCUUUCAAGCCGGGCUGAUUCGCCGGCGGCGCAUGCAGAACCGUGUCGGCAGCAUCCUGAGCUCGCCGAGUACCUCCGCAACAGCCUCGGGCGCUGAAGAGCUCUCCGAACGGGACCUGCAUGAACUCUUCUCCGAGGCCAUUAUCGCCGGUCAUCCCUCCUCGAAUCGAAACCCGGAGAUUGUCGCAGGGGCGCCAGUCACCGACCCGUCUCGCUCCGACGGCCCUACAACACAAGGUGAAAUCCAGUCAAUGAGGACGUGCCUGGAAACUGUGACCAGCAUGGAGGCAGCAGACGAGGUCGUCACGGAGGGUUUCUCUCGCAAAGUGCGCAAUAAAUUCAAUCUUCCCUCAGAUGCCGCGCUGCCGCCAGACACGCGGCUCACCGACCUCGGCAUUGACUCACUCGUCGCCGUCGAUCUGCGGCGGUGGUUCCAAAAGGAAUUGUUGGUGGAAAUGCCCACGAUGCACAUCUUGACUGGGCGAGUCCAUUGCCACGCUCGCGGCGGCUGCUGUAUCAAUGCUGCCACAAGCUUUGAUUCCCAUUGCGUGGAGUGUCGAUGGCUUGCAAGGAAGUGGCUCCUAAGAACAGUUCUGGUGAUGACAUGUCUUCCAGCGCCUCGCGCUCGUCGUUUCCUUCGGCGGACCCGGUAUCMAGGACCUCCUCUACUCCACGUUCAUCAGCAUCAGAUGAGUACUAAGAGUCAUGCGAAAUACGGAGACCUCAGCGGCGGAAGAUAA